CGUGGUAUAAGGGACAGCACAGUCGGACGAAGGAAGACCGGACGGCACAGUCGGACGAAGGAAGACCGGGCGGCACAGUCGGACGAAGGAAGACCGGGCGGCACAGUCGGACGAAGGAAGACCGGGCGGCACAGUCGGACGAAGGAAGACCGGGCGGCACAGUCGGACGAAGGAAGACCGGGCGGCACAGUCGGACGAAGGAAGACCGGGCGGCACAGUCGGACGAAGGAAGACCGGGCGGCACAGUCGGACGAAGGAAGACCGGGCGGCACAGUCGGACGAAGGAAGACCGGGCGGCACAGUCGGACGAAGGAAGACCGGGCGGCACAGUCGGACGAAGGAAGACCGGGCGGCACAGUCGGACGAAGGAAGACCGGGCGGCACAGUCGGACGAAGGAAGACCGGGCGGCACAGUCGGACGAAGGAAGACCGGGCGGCACAGUCGGACGAAGGAAGACCGGGCGGCACAGUCGGACGAAGGAAGACCGGGCGGCACAGUCGGACGAAGGAAGACCGGGCGGCACAGUCGGACGAAGGAAGACCGGGCGGCACAGUCGGACGAAGGAAGACCGGGCGGCACAGUCGGACGAAGGAAGACCGGGCGGCACAGUCGGACGAAGGAAGACCGGGCGGCACAGUCGGACGAAGGAAGACCGGGCGGCACAGUCGGACGAAGGAAGACCGGACGGCACAGUCGGACGAAGGAAGACCGGACGGCACAGUCGGACGAAGGAAGACCGGACGGCACAGUCGGACGAAGGAAGACCGUUUGAGAAUCUUCAAGAGGGGUACGUUGACCCCCAUAAGACCCUGCCUUCUCUGGUGGUGCACGUGAGGGGGCUGAUCGACGGCAUCACAGAAUCUGACCUGGUGGAGGCGCUGCGGGAGUUUGGCACCAUCAGCUACGUGGUGCUGAUGCCGAACAAGCGCCAGGCUCUGGUGGAGUACGAGGACAUGAGUGGCUCGUGUAACGCGGUGACGUACGCUAAUGAUAACCAGGUGUACAUCGCGGGGCGACCCUGCUACAUCAACUACUCCACCAGCCAGAAGAUCUCACGGCCUGGAGACUCAAGCGACGCGCCCAGCGUCAACAACAUCCUGCUGUUCACUAUCAUGAACCCCAUCUACCCGAUCACCACGGAUGUGCUGUACACCAUCUGCAAUAACUGCGGCCCAGUGCAGAGGAUCGUGAUCUUCAGGAAGAACGGAGUGCAGGCCAUGGUUGAGUUUGACUCCGUCCAGAGUGCUCAAAGAGCUAAAGCAUCUCUAAAUGGAGCCGACAUCUACUCUGGUUGCUGCACCCUCAAAAUCGAGUAUGCUAAGCCAACUCGUCUCAAUGUGUUCAAGAAUGACCAGGACACUUGGGACUACACUAAUCCUGGUCUCAGUGGCCAAGAUGCUGAUUCAGACGGCAAUUGGAACAAUUCUCAAGACCCCAAUGCUAACCCAAACAAGCGCCAGAGGCAGCCAGCCCUGCUCGGGGACCACCCGCCAGAAUAUGGUGGACCUCAGAGUGGCUACGGUCACUAUGAUGACACAUAUGGCCCCCCUCCCCCUCAUUAUGAGGGACGACGCAUGGGCCCACCUAUGGGCCGGGGCCGUGGGGGUCCCCGCUAUGGGGGUCCGCAGUACGGACACGGCCCUCCGCCAGAAUAUGCCUCUCAGGCAGACUCUCCUGUUAUUAUGGUGUACGGCCUCGACCCCUACAAGAUCAACGCUGACCGGAUCUUCAAUAUUUUUUGUCUCUAUGGCAACGUAGAGAGGGUGAAGUUCAUGAAGAGCAAACCCGGUGCUGCGAUGGUGGAGAUGGGAGACUGUUAUGCGGUAGAGAGAGCCAUCUCUCACCUCAACCACACCAUGCUGUUCAACCAGAAACUCAACAUCUGUGUGUCAAAGCAGCAGGCCAUCAUACCGGGCCAGUCAUACCAGCUGGAGGACGGCAGCAGCAGCUUCAAGGAUUUCCACGGCAGCCGGAACAACCGCUUCACCUCCCCGGAGCAGGCGGCCAAGAACCGCAUCCAGCGGCCCAGCAACGUGCUGCACUUCUUCAACGGCCAGCCGGACAGCUCUACCGAGAUUUUCAACCAGAUCUGUGACGAGCUUGGACUAAAGCCCCCCACCAACGUCAAGCUUUUCACGGGGAAGAGCGGGUCUGUAGGUGAGAGGAGUGCGUCUGGACUGUUGGAAUGGGAGACGGUGAACGAUGCUAUGGAAGCUCUCUCGAUGAUGAACCACUACCAGAUGAAAAACCCAAGUGGGCCGUACCCAUACACCCUUAAACUGUGCUUCUCCACUGCACAGAACGCUAACUGAGCCAACAAGCAACCUAAACUGACAAUGGCUGACAUUUGACCCCCACAACUAAGCCCACUACCACACAGCGCGUCCUCUGAGGUGGACAGCAGAUAAACCCCCCCCCCUUUAAGAAAGAUAACUGUGUUUUUGUACAGUGUUCGGCUUUUUAAUUUACACUUGUCUUUUUUGUUUCUUUUUUUAUUCUUAUUUACAAUCUUAAGAUGUUUUGUUCUGCCCUCUAUAUCACGUUGAAAUAUCUGGAACAAAAGAAAUGUGAUCAGGUUUCUGUUUAAAUAAACACCGUGUGAUCCAGG